GCUUUACCUACUUUAUUCACUGCUGCCCUUCACCACCAAACUAAACUGCUUGCUUCAAACAGCUAUUUGUUCGUUUGUCUGCACCUUCUACCCGCAGCUUCGUUUCCCUCGCUCAUAAACCACUCUCACACUUAUCAUCCACCCGCCCGCGUUCUCCCUCUCAGGUCGUCGCUCAAGAUCCACGCGAAACUUCCCCCAACCUUCCACCUUGACCGCCCCUCCAUUGACUUCGUGACAAACUUCCAGCAAUGGCUCCUCCUCCACCUCCUGCCAAUGCCUCGCUCGGUGAACGACUGACAAGACUCGCUACUACCCUGCAAUUCGCGUGGUUUCUCGGCCACUUCACUCUCCUGGUCUCGGUCUUCCGCUAUGGCCUUUCCUACUUCACCUUCAACUACUACUCGAAAUGGGCGGCCUUUACCUACAGACUGGCUUUCAUCUCGGCUGUCGCCACCUACGGAAUCGUCGUCUUCAAGGCUUAUCGAGCUCGCGUGAAGCCUGGUGACCCUAUCGGUCGUACCGCCAUGCUGCUUCUCUCAGACGAGAAUGUGCAAUACUUGCUUAUUAGCUUGGUCUGGCUCUACUCCAGGCAGAUUCCGCUGGCCUUGCUGCCAUUUACCGUCUACUCGGUUUUCCAUGUUGCAACCUACACUCGCACCAACAUCAUCCCGACCCUGUCCCCUCCCAAGGCUGCGCCAGGCAGCACACCCACCUCUCCCGGUGCUGCCAAAUCUCAAUCACCUCUGGCCAACUCUAUCGGACGAUUUGUCAAGGAGUACUACGACAGCUCGAUGAUGCUGGUUGCUGCACUUGAGAUCCUCCUGUGGUUCCGCCUCUUGCUCUCUGCCUUCACCUUCAGCAAGGGUUCUUGGAUCCUCUUGGCCAUCUACACUGUCUUCUUGAGAGCAAGAUUCCACCAGAGUCAAUUUGUUCAGGGCGCUUUCUCUCGUGGAUCUGCCCACAUUGACCAGCAAGUUCAGAACCCCAACUUCCCACCUGCGGCCAGACAAGGUUGGGACACUGUGAAGGGUCUUGGUCGUCAAGUUGUCGAUGCCACCGAUGUGCGAAAGUAUCUGGGUGGAGCGACUGCGCAGAAGAAGCCUCAGUAAACGGAUAAUGACACGGUGCACCGAAAACGUUGGUUCAAGCAGAUCUCUGGCUAUAUUUCGAACACGAGAACUCGUCGAGGUAGCGCUGGUGUAUGCCAACAAACGUCUGCACGUGGGGGACGACCACGCCUCGAAACGGUAGCCUUUGGUAGAGACAAAGUGGUGUCGACCUCUGGAAGGUGUGGUGAUGAUGCCUGUCUUGGGCAGUCGGCAGGAGAGUGUUGGCUUAUUGUAUUGUGAUAAUGGCUGGGAGGUCAACAGCUGCUCGGGGACUCAUUUAGGGUCUCGAUAUCGGAAGUUGAGGAUGAAGACGCGCGGUGGUGGGAUGAGAAAAGGGACAAAGCAUUGCAGUGGCGCUCAGACUACGUUGUUUGAAUUGUACUACAGUCCUCAGUCGGACAAGAAAGCAAAGUGGUUCACUUGCUUUUGGACAAAGGGUAAAAGGAUAGGAGUGCACAGCAGACAUUUAUUGCAUCAGUAUUGAUUUAUCUUGCGCGUCUGCUGUCUCUUGAAGUAACGAGUGAUUAUCAAUGUUAAGAAUGCUGAGCCUAGCUGCC